ACCCCGCCCCCCGUCACGUGGCCCGUCCCCUCCUCCCUCCCCGUGUCCCGGCGGUCCCGCUCGGCGUGCGGUGGGGUCAUGUUCCGGAUCGAGGGUCUGGGGCCCAAGAUGGACCCCGAGGAGCUGCGGAGGAAGAUGCGCCGGGACGUCCUCACCUCCGUCCGAAACUUCCUCAUCUACGUGGCGCUGCUGAGAAUCACUCCGUUCAUCCUGAAGAAACUGGACAGUAUAUGAAGACUGAAGACAAGACUCAGUGCGUGACACCACCACAUGGACUGUAGCUGCUUUUCUCCGUUUGUUAGUCACUGCGUCAGCGGCAGACAUCCAGUACUAAAUGGUUCUAAAAUGUUUCGCUUACCUGUAUCUGGCCUGCAAGUGUUAGUUGGGAGUGCAGGGGAGAUGUAUGCAGUCCCUGUGGGUGGGUUCCAGGCACAGAAUACUCCCCAGCAAUGACAAGUGAUGGAACAUUUCUUGUACUGUUUAAUAAAAUAGUCCAUUUUGUAUGAAGUGUUUGGUGCUAGCAAGUUGCUUUGUUAUGCAGCUACCUCUAAACUGCCACAUGCUAUGGCUGUCAACCUUACUGAACCUGUCUAUAUGAAAAAUUAAGUCUUUAAUGUUUUCAGUUCACAAGCAGUUUGAUUUUAAAUAAAUGGAGGAGCAAUUGUGUUGCUUUA